AUGAAAAGGAGAUCUGUUGGAUUUAUUAACGUUGAUGAUUCUAAAAACCUUGAGGCUUUUUAAAGUCAUACUUAAGAAAACAUUAAAGAUAAAAAGAAAAUGAAACGAUUAUUGACUGAUGAUUUCUCUCAUUUUGAAAAAAGGAACUUCAAAAUUUAAAAAGAACUAAAUUUAAAUGAAUUUAGACCUAUAACAUUAAAUGAAAUGGCCAAAUAAACAAAACUUUAAUUUAUUGAAUCUAAUUCGAAUUCAUUAAUUAGAAGAUAAGAUUAAUAAGUAAUUAUUGUAAAUCAUUUUAGACUGUACCUCUUUAUAAAAAGUAAAGAGAUGAUCAAAUAACAUAACAAUAAUAAUUUAAAUCACAAAUUAAAAAAUAGAUAUAUAAAGAAGAUGAUGUUAAUUAAAAUGUUUGCAUCAUCUUAAUAGAAGCCUUCAUAGUUAUAUUUAUAAUCCUUAUUGUUACUCACCUAUUUUUACAAAAGUAUUUAUAAUGA